AUGUCAAUCAUUAAUACUAUUUCAAAAUUAAGUUUAUCAAAUUCAUUAAAAUCAAAUAUCACAAUCGGGAAUUUAAAUGGUACAACUGUAAAUAACUAUACUCACAACGAAACAAGUAGUAAAUUCACAGAAUUUUUUACAAAAUCAUAUAACAAAACAAAAGAUGGUUUUGAAAAGUUAAAGAAUUAA